GCGACGCAUGCCACCCAAGCCAAAGGCUUCGUCGCCGACGAAAAAGAAGGCCAAAGAGGCCAAGACGUUGGAUGCGAUUGCCUCGGAUGCACCCAAGGGCGACGUGCCGGCACAAGCCACCGAACCCGACGACGCCGACAUUUACCACGAGCCAGUCAAGAAGAUUGUGAUCCCAGACAACCAGCUACGCCUCAACGAGCAAGAGCUCAAGGAAGAGUUCUCGCGAGUCCUCACGGCCAACGACCCGAACGUGCCCAAUAACAUUACCAAGUACAACUACAAGGAGCGCAUGUACAAAGUGGACCCCCCGGGACCCGGCGACAACUUGCAUCUGCACCUCGCGCUCGAAGGCUCCAUGAUCCACAAGGAGUCGGAAGACGCCAAGGCGCAAGCGGCGUACGACAUGAAAAAGGCCGAGGAAGAGAAGGAAGCACGGGACGCUGCGAUUAAGAUUGCCAAGGAAGAGGCCGAGGCCAAAGGUGAAAAGCUAGACGAGACGGCGCUCCAGUUUGAGUCGGGGAAGAAUCAGUUCAACUACAGUGAGCGGGCAGCUCAGACGUACACGAACCCACUGCGGCAGCGGUCGGUGGAGACAGAGCCGCCACCCGUACUCAACUACAUGGCCACCGUGACGCAGUGGGAUAUCUACGACACGUACAUGGAUGCGUACGAGCAGCACCAGCGCGAGCAAAUUCAGCUCCAAAAAGCGGCCCAAAAGAAGGAAAAGGAGGAGAAGGACGGUGGUGACGUCGCCGUGGCCGCCACUGCGGCGGUUGCCAGCACGGGCGGCGCCAAAAACAAGGACGACGACAUGGUCCAUAGCGCCGCGAUGGGCAAGAUUCUCCGCGUCAUCGAGCGCAUGGUCAACCAGAACGCCGAGGACGAGAUCUUUCAAGAUUUCAAGUACUGGGAGGACGCGUCCGAUGCUUUCCGCGAAGGCGAGGGCUCCCUCCUCCCUCUCUGGCGCUUUGCGUCCGACCGUGCAAAGAAGAAGCAAGUGACGGCCGUGUGCUGGAACCCAUGCUUCUCAGACCUCUUUGCUGUCGGGUACGGCUCGUACGACUUUUUGAAGCAGGGUUCGGGCCUCGUGUGUUGCUAUACCCUCAAAAACACAUCGCACCCCGAGUUCAUCUUUGCGACCGAGUCGGGUGUCAUGUGCCUCGACUUUCAUCCGCAGCAGCCGGCGCUUCUGGCCGUUGGCUGCUACGACGGCACGGUGCUUGUCUACGACGUCCGUAACAAGGUGAACCGGCCCAUCUACACGUCGACCAUCAAGACAGGCAAGCACACCGAUCCCGUGUGGCAGGUCAAUUGGCAGGAAGAAGACCUCGCGAAGGAGCUCAAUUUCUUCUCCAUCUCAUCCGACGGCCGCGUCGCCAACUGGAUCAUGAGCAAGAACGAGCUCAAGAUGGAGCCGGUGAUGCAGCUCAAGCUCGUCAACACGGUCAAAGACGACCCGGAGGAAACGUCGCUCUCGGGGUUGGCGGGCGGCUGCUGCUUUGACUUUAACCGCUUCAGCGAACACCUUUUCAUCGUCGGGACGGAGGAGGGCAAGAUUCACAAGUGUUCCAAGGCCUACUCGGGCCAGUAUCUCGAAACGUAUGCGGGCCACCACAUGGCAGUCUACGCCGUGCGUUGGAACCCGUUCCACGACCGCUGCUUCCUCUCGUGCUCGGCCGAUUGGACCGUGAAGCUCUGGGACCACAGCCUUCCGGACCCGAUCAUGUCGUUCGAUCUUGGCAACUCAGUUGGCGACGUGGCCUGGGCGCCGUACUCGUCUACGGUGUUCGCCGCCGUCACGAGCGACGGCAAGGUUCACGUCUUUGACCUAGCCGAGAACAAGAACGAGCCGCUCUGCGAGCAAAAGGUGGUCAAGCGCGCCAAGCUUACGCAUGUGACCUUCAACACGCGCGAGAGCAUCGUGCUGGUCGGCGACGACCGCGGCGGUGUUAACUCGCUCAAGUUGUCGCCCAAUUUGCGCAAGAUCGCAGUCGUUGACGGAGAAGACGUCGCGACGGCCCUUCCUCUCAAGCUCACGAAAGACCGAUUGCACACCGAGCACGAAAAGGUCGAGAAGCUUCUGAACACCAACGACAACAAGGCCUGAAUGAGCACGUCAUCGUCGCCAGCACUUGUACAUAAUUCCGAACAGAUAGUCUCGCUUGGAUAAUUCGAUUUGGACAAGAACUCUUUCCUGUACACGAAAAUAUUUUAAAUAAGAAGCGGCAGCACGG